AUGCGCAAGCUCAGUUCCUGGAUGAAGAUGGCGGCCGAUAAACAGAAGCAUCAUGACGGGAGGGUGAAGAUCGGCCACUAUAUCCUGGGGGACACGCUGGGAGUGGGCACUUUUGGCAAAGUCAAAGUUGGGAAACACGAGUUAACGGGACACAAGGUUGCAGUGAAAAUCUUGAACAGGCAGAAAAUUCGGAGCCUUGAUGUGGUGGGAAAGAUUCGUCGGGAGAUCCAGAAUCUCAAGUUGUUUCGGCAUCCCCAUAUUAUUAAACUGUACCAGGUCAUUAGUACGCCAACAGAUAUCUUUAUGGUAAUGGAAUAUGUUGCUGGCGGUGAACUCUUUGAUUACAUUUGUAAAAAUGGAAAGUUGGAUGAAAAAGAAUCAUGCCGCCUGUUUCAACAGAUCCUUUCUGGUGUUGACUACUGCCAUAGACACAUGGUGGUGCACCGAGACCUGAAACCCGAGAAUGUACUUCUCGAUGCACACAUGAAUGCAAAAAUUGCAGACUUUGGGCUCUCCAAUAUGAUGGCUGAUGGAGAAUUUUUGAGGACCAGCUGUGGGUCUCCAAAUUAUGCUGCACCGGAAGUAAUUUCAGGAAGACUCUAUGCAGGGCCAGAGGUGGAUAUAUGGAGCUGUGGUGUAAUCUUGUAUGCAUUAUUAUGUGGGACUCUGCCAUUCGAUGACGACCAUGUGCCAACACUUUUUAAGAAGAUCUGCGAUGGCAUCUUCUACACACCUCAGUAUCUGAAUCCUUCAGUAAUUAGCCUUCUGAAACACAUGCUGCUGGUAGAUCCCAUGAAAAGAGCUACUGUCAAAGAUAUUCGGGAACACGAAUGGUUUAAGCAGGACCUUCCAAAAUAUCUAUUUCCUGAAGACCCGUCAUACAGUACAAAUAUGAUUGAUGAUGAAGCCUUAAAAGAAGUUUGUGAAAAAUGUGAGUGUACAGAGGAAGAGGUUCUGAGCUGUCUCUACAGCCGAAACCACCAGGACCCGUUAGCUGUUGCCUACCACCUGAUUAUAGACAACAGGAGAAUAAUGAAUGAAGCCAAAGAUUUUUAUUUGGCUACGAGCCCUCCGGAUUCCUUUAUGGAAGAACCCAGUGUGUCUCGUCCCCAUCCAGAAAGAGUGCCCUUUUUAGUAGCAGAGUCUCCUCGACAGAGGCACACUCUCGAUGAGUUAAAUCCACAAAAGACCAAACACCAGGUUGGUUUAAGAAGAGCUAAAUGGCAUCUUGGGAUUCGAAGCCAGAGUCGACCAAAUGAUAUAAUGGCGGAGGUUUGCAGAGCAAUGAAACAGCUCGGCUAUGAGUGGAAGGUUGUCAAUCCAUACUACCUGCGUGUUAGAAGAAAGAAUCCGGUGACCAGCACACACACGAAGAUGAGCCUGCAGUUGUAUCAGGUGGAUAGUAGAACGUAUCUGUUGGACUUCCGCAGUAUUGAUGAUGAUGUGACCGAACCUAAAUCAGAAAGUGCCACACCUAGAAGAUCAGGAUCGGUCGGCAAUUACCGGUCGUCACAAAAGAGUGACACUGAUGGCGACGGUCAAGGAAAGUCAUCGGAUGGUUCCGGUCCCUCCUCUCUGACCUCCUCGGCGGAUUCCUCAAAUACUGAAUUCGUUCCCAGACCAGGAAGCCAUACCAUAGAGUUUUUUGAAAUGUGUGCAAAUCUAAUUAAAAUUCUUGCACGAUAGGCCCAGAGCAUUGGCCUUUGUCAUAUCGAGCAAUAAGCAUGCAGUAAAGUGUAGCCAAAUGCUUCCAGUUUUAAUCCAGUCAUUAUAUACAAAGAGCUGAAAGCAACAUCACAAAUGCAAUUUGCACAUAGAUCGGAAGACUUUGUUCUGUUAGAUUUAAGACCAUAAAGCUAAUGUGUGAUCAUUAUUUUUAAUAGAUAUAAAUGCCAUCGGAUAUAAAUUGUAUAUAUUUUUCAAGUUGGCAAACUUUUAAUUGCACAUUUUAUUGAACACUGGGCUAUGUUGCAUAAUUAAGAAACCUUUUUUUUUUUUCUUCCUUUCAUGUAUUUAAUCUUCACGCAAGUCUGGUUUCAGCAUGUGGCUGGGUGGCCAUAAUUGUGCAGCGGGAUACAUCUUAAAAUUGUUUAAUGACUAGGCCGGGGCCAUUUUGUAUAAAUGUAAACUUUUUUUUAUGUAUGUAAAGCCUGACACAAUGUUGAGGACAUUAUUGAACGUUUAGACAAUGCUGUGCAUCUGUUAAGCAGGUGCCCAUUUGGCAUUCAGUUGCCAUUGUGUGUUUCUUGCCUUUCUAGAUUGUUAAACAUAUCCGCUACAUUUGUGUUGCCAGCUUUUACAAGGAACACAUUUAACACAUCAAAGAAAAUUAGUAUUCAUUAGCAAAUUCCCCCUAAAAACAUUCCAUUUUUUUGUACAUUUUACUUCAGCCUUGGCAAAUGUUUUCUAACUUGUAUAUUGUCAUUAAGACUGAUCCCACCCGUUGAACUUGAACUCAUUUUAAACAGUGAAUGUGCAUUAAACGUGACUCUGAUUAACUUGA